AUUCUUUCUCCACAUGCAAAUAAACGUGCUUGACGUGCUUUUUAACGGGCCCCUUGCUUUCUUUUGGCGGGGUAUUGGACCCUGGACCCCUUGUUUUUACCCUCUUUUUAUGCGGUGAGAUUCAGUUGCGACAAGAUAUUCAUGAUUCGGGCAUGAAUUGCUGGGAAUCAUGUACAAUGAAAUCUUUACACAUAAAAUGUAUAAAUAUUAGCGAUCAUUUCACGUUUAUGCGGUGUUACUUGUCAGGUUACUUGUGUAUCUUUGAACAACACAUAAACUCUGUUGCUCUUGCAUACAUCUCAUUCAUAUAAGACUGUCUCUUUCUCAAUCAAUUUUUAUAGAAGGAUUCUGGGAAUCUAUUUACCUGCCUUUUUGCCAAUUAUACCAAUUUCUUGGAUUUCUUUUCGAUACCCAGUAUAUUACGUCGUUCAGAGGACACUUUUGAAACUCGGUUUGAAGAUACCGAAUAGUAUAUACCCAAACAGUUGCAAUACCUAUCUGUCUAUCGUAUCACUCCACCCCCCACACACAAACUCAACAUGGGAUCAAUAGCCAGAAGAACCAUUGGUUCGACCCAUCAAUGGUGGAAAGAAGCUGUUGUAUAUCAAAUUUAUCCCGCAUCCUAUCUCGAUACUACCGGAUCUGGAGAUGGUGAUCUCAAUGGUAUCACCUCGAAAUUACCAUAUAUCAGAUCUCUCGGUGUAGAUGUAGUAUGGAUUUCACCUAUCUAUGCAUCCCCCAUGAAUGACAUGGGCUAUGACAUUUCAGAUUAUCGAGCUAUCAACCCUAUGUUUGGUACCAUGGAAGACUGGGAACGUCUCUGCGCCAGAGCCCACGAACUAGGGCUAAAACUCGUGAUGGAUCUCGUGGUAAAUCACACCAGUUCCGAACAUCCCUGGUUCAAAGAAUCCGUCUCGGGCGGUCCUAACGGUCCCAAAAGAGACUUCUACUACUGGCAACCACCCAAGAAUGGCAAAGAGCCCAAUAACUGGGGUGCCAUGUUUGGUGGUUCAUCAUGGGAGAAAGAUCCUUCUCAUCAAACAGACGAAUACUAUCUCCACGUCUAUGAUGUCAGCCAACCUGAUCUUAACUGGACAAAUCCAGCUGUUCGCAACGAGGUCUGGGAUAUUAUGCGUUUUUGGCUCGAUAAAGGAUGUGAUGGAUUUCGCAUGGAUGUUAUCAACUGUAUUUCAAAGGAACCUGGAUUUCCCGAUUUUGAAGUCACCGAUCCGAGACUUGAAUUCCAGAUUGGCGUGAGGGGCAAUUUCAAUGGACCUCAUGUCAAGGAAUAUUUGGAAGAAAUGCAUCGCGAAGUCCUCUGUCAUUAUCCCGAAGCAUUUACCGUGGGAGAGACCCCAGGACUCAAGAGACCUGAGAGUGCAUUGGGCCUCGUACAAGGAGGAAAACCUCUCCAAAUGAUCUUCCAAUUCGAACACAUGUACUUUGAUAUCCAACCCGGAAAGAAACCCUUCUUUCCUCGCCCUUCAUGGGAUCUUACCGAUAUCAAGAAAAAUCUCGGGGAGUGGAUGUCCUUCAAUGCCGCGAAUGACGGCUGGGACUCUCUCUACCUAGAAAAUCACGAUCAGCCGCGUAUUCUUGGGCGCUGGGCAAAAGAUACUCCGGAAUGGAGAGUGCAAGCUGCGAAAAUGUUAGCGCUAUUCCAUGCAACCGGUAGAGGAACCUUGUUUGUCUAUCAAGGACAAGAAAUCGGAACGGCAAACAGCAAGUGGUGGACAAAUGAAGAGUUUAGGGAUGUCGAAGAGAUUAAUUUCUUCGCGGCAGAGAAGGCGCGUCGGGAGAAAGAAUCGAAUGGGAAAGAAGUAGACAUGACAGAUGUUUCGCGCGGUAUCCAAGACUACGGAAGAGAUAACUCGAGAAUGGGUAUGCAAUGGGAUGACUCUCCAAAUGGCGGAUUUACGGAGGGUAAACCAUGGAUCAAGACGAAUGAGGAAUACAAGGAAAUCAACGUCGCGGCGCAAGAGGGAGUUAAGGGGAGUACGUUGGAGUUCUGGAAACAGAUGAUUAAACUUAGGAAAGACAAUCCCGUGUUAUGUAAAGGUGGAUUUGAAAUGGUGGAUCAGGAGAAUCAGGAGGUUUAUGCAUAUCUGAGGAAGGGAGAGGAGAAGGAGUAUUUGGUUGCGUGCAAUUUCAAGGAGUGGGAUGUUAAAUGGAAGGUUCCAGUUGAGAUGGGAAAGCUGUUGUUCGGAAGUUAUGAGGAAGGUGUGCAGAGUGGAGAGAAGGAGGGUGAAUUGAAUUUGAGGCCGUUUGAGGGAAGAAUAUAUGUGAGAGAUAUUUGAUAGGGAGAAGUAUGGUUUAAAUGUUUAUUGGAGCUCAAUGCAAAAUUCUUUUCUUAUGCAAA